GGACCAUAAAAGAGUACACACAGGAGAGAAGCCUUUCCAAUGCUCCCAGUGUGGAAAUGGUUUUACUCAGUUAGGGAACCUGAAAAGGCAUGAGAGAAUGCACACAGGAGAGAGAACUUUCCAAUGUUCCCAGUGUGGAAAGAGUUUCACACGGUUAUGGAGCCUGAAGGAACAUAAAAUAGUUCACACAGGAGAGAAGCCUUUCCAAUGCUCCCAGUGUGGAAAGGGUUUUAUUCUGUUAGGGAACUUGAAAAAGCAUGAGCGAACACACACAGGAGAGAAGCCUUUCCAAUGCUCCCAGUGUGGAAAGAGUUUUACACGGCUAGGGAGCCUGAAAGCUCAUGAAAGCGUACACACAGGGGAGACAUCUUACCAUUGCUCUCUGUGUGAAAAGAAAUUUACCAAGUUAAAGAACCUAAAAAAACAUAUAAAAUUACACACAGGCGAGAAACCUUUCCAAUGCACCCAAUGUGGAAAGAGUUUUACACGGUUAGGAAACCUGAAGGAUCAUAAAAGAAUACACACAGGAGAGAAGCCUUUCCAAUGCACCCAAUGUGGAAAGAGUUUUACACGGUUAGGGAACCUGAAGGACCAUCAAAUAAUGCACACAGGAGAGAAGCCUUUCCAAUGCUCCCAGUGUGGAAGUGGUUUUACUCAGUUAGGGAACUUGAAAAGGCAUGAGAGAACUCACACAGGACAGAGAACUUUCCAAUGUUCCCAGUGUGGAAAGAGUUUUGCACAGUUAGGGAGCCUGAAAGAACAUAAAAUAGUUCACACAGGAGAGAAGCCUUUCCAAUGCUCCCAGUGUGGAAAGGUUUUUACCCUGUUAGGGAACUUGAAAAAGCAUGAGAGAAUACACACAGGAGAGAAGCUGUUCCAAUGUUCCCAGUGUGGAAAUAGUUUUAAAAGUUUAGGGAGCCUGAAGGAGCAUGAAAGGACACACACAGGGGAGACAUCUUACCAUUGCUCUAUGUGUGGAAAAGAUUUUACCAAGUUAGGGAACCUAAAAAAACAUACAAAAUUACACACAGGAGAGAAACCUUUCCAAUGCUCCCAAUGUGGAAAGGGUUUUACACGGUUAGGGAAUCUGAAGGACCAUAAAUUAAUACACACAGGCGAGAAGCCUUUCCAAUGUUCCCAGUGUGGAAAGGGUUUUACCCAGAUAGGGAACCUGAAAAGGCAUGAGAGAACCCACACAGUCUUAACAAUGACCCCAGGAGUUGGAACCAGUUCAGAAAACAGAACAGAAAACCGCAAAAAAUGUGUUUUUAUUGAGGAAAAGAAACAGAACCGGGAAAGAAAGUGAUCUCUAGCGUACUGGAACAGAAGCAUUAUUUUAAUAGUAUGGUAACCGGUUAAUAACGUUCUUUUAAAGUAACUGUCCUGUGAAAAUCUAACUUUUUAAAGUUAAUCCUUUCCGAGCUCAUAUCCAAAUAAUGUUGUUGACUCGUCCGAUUCUAGUAUUUGAGGCCAAAGCAUAAAUUACAGAUGAAAAAAAAAAAAUCAAACCUCUUUUUAAAAAUGACUAUUUCCCAAUAGAAC